AUGAUCAACAAGCUGAUAGCAGAAAAUGGUUCCCGCCGAGCAUGUCGCGGAUUAGUUGACAAGCUCGACUCCAUGUAUGCAGACACCGAACGUCUUAACUUGUUGGCUGUCAUGCCGAAUCAUACAGAAGAGUUUGGAAGACAAGCAGCCAUCGAAAUUGCACUGUUCACCCAAAUUGAGACAGCAAAGGAAGACGUAGAUGAAUUCAUCAAUUCUCGUGCAGACGAGGCUUCUUCCAUUGCUUCCUUUCAGCCUCUUUCUAUUCGAAGCGAGGAAUUGAGAAACUGGACUCAAACGACUUCUCAAGCCCUAGCUGAUGCGAAACAGAAAGCUGAAGAAGCUCAACGAAACGCAGAAAAGUUGCAGAAGGAGUCAGUCGACGCGAAGAGGAAAGCGGAAGAAGCAAACAAAGAGGUGGCAAAUUUAACAGGUGCUAUUGAGAAAAGAAAAUCUGCAAAUACAGUCAUCAGUGAUGGACAACACGACUGGGGAGACAAAGAAACUGCUAUCAACGAUUGGCGUCGGAAAUCCCUCAUUGAACCAAGAUCUCGAGAAACCGAAGAGGAAGGCGAGCCUGAUUGCUGGAUUGACCGAUAUUGCUCCGGUUUGGAAGAUCCGACCUGGAUUUAUUCUCACAAGGCCCCGUCAUUGAAAAGCGAACUUCCUGUAUUUUCUGGUAAAGCUUUUGACUGGUUCUCGUGGAUUGAUCUGUAUCGUUCAAUGGUGCAUGAUCAAAGAAUUUCAGCUGGCGAGAAGUUAGCAAUUUUGAAGAGUCGUUUAAGCGGUGAGCAACUGGACAUUGUUCAAGGUUUAGGAGGAGGAGAACCCGCGUACAAGUCAGCGCUUUCUCGUCUCAAGCAGGCAGCUGGACGCCGGGAUGUCAUGCGAGUUGCCUAUCUCAGUGAACUCGAUCGAAUGGAUCUCGGACGUGAUCCAACGAAACUUCAAGCUCUGACAUCAUUGAACGUUUAUGCCGGAAACUUCAUCCAGCAGAUCGACUCGAGUGGAAUUCCAGAAGAAGAACUGGAUUGGAGCGUAGAAGUCUCAACGAAUUUGGGGAGUGGCUCUGUGAAAGAGCUUCGGCUUAUCAAAACGCGUACAAUAUUGCAGCAGAAAAAUCAUCUGGAUUUGGGUUUGGCAGUUCACGACAUCGUCCGACCACCGCUCGUGCUCAUCACACUAGCUUCGAACCAGAUCGUUCCGACAAGCCUUACAAAAGUCGCUGUUAUUGUUGCAAUGAAGAGCACCGUGUUUUAUCUGGCCCAAGGCUCUUAUCGGCCCCAGGCAAUGCCGACCAAGGAGAAGAUCCGAUUCUGCAUUAGAAGGCGGUUGUGUCUCAAAUGUUUUGGGGCGAAGCAUUCAGCCAAAGAUUGUACGUUUGGAAAAGGAUGUGGAGUGAAGGAUUGCCCUUAUGAACAUCACAGCUUACUCCAUGAUGCAGGAUAUAUUCCGACUGUAAAAGGCGACAGUCAUCACACUUCUCUUUCAGCCCGAGCGGAUCAAAUGAAGGUGGCGCUGGGAGUAAUUCGGACCGAAGCCUACGCUAUGGAUGGUACAGUUAUUCCGGUGUCGGUGAUGAUCGAUGAAGGCAGCGACACUACACUGUUUCGAGAAGAUUUCCUCCGGCGUCUGAAGAUAAUAGGGAAGAAACAAAAGCUGGAUCUUGUUGGUGUAACAGGUGCCGAACGUUAUGAUUCCCAACGUGCUGACGUGCGAUUUCGACUACCUGACGGCGAAGAAACGAUUAUCGCCGGACUGACGAUACCGCAAGUCGCUCGCCCUACUCCAAUUGUUAAUUGGGAUGAAUUGAAGCAACGUUGGCCCCAUCUUGCCGACGUGCCCGUUAUGAAGAGUGGAGGGAAGAUCGACGUAUUGCUGGCCCUUGAUCAUUCUCAUUUGAUUGCAGUGUUAGAAUCGAGAGUAGGUGGAGAUGAUGAACCAUUUGCCUCACGAACCCGAUUGGGAUGGAUUGUUCGUGGCUUGCUUGGAGGAGACAUUGGUCCGAUGACUGCACGCUCUUAUCAUCUCACUGCAACGUCAAGAGAAGAAGGUCCGGCUGUUCAAGACUCCUUAGAUGCCGAAUUUAGAGCCUUUUGCGAAACAGAAAACUUUGGAACGGAGUUUCGAGGCGAAGGUGUGUCGGAGUCAGAGCAGAAGGCCGAGAAAAUCGUCAAUGAAGGUUUGCGAAAAUUAGAAGUUGGCUAUGAAGCUCCGCUGACUUGGAUUGAAGGUGAACCAGCAUUUGAAAAUAAUCGAAAGCUCGCACAACAUCGUCUUCAAGAUUUACGACAACGCUUCAAGAAGAACCCUAAGCUUGAAGAAGAUUACCGAAAAGCCAUAAAUAAAUACAUCGAUGAAGGAUAUGCGUCGCUAGUUGAAGAUGAAAAUCUCUACUCCAACGACCAGUUUUAUCUUCCCCAUCACGGAGUCUACAAAAAGGUCUACCGGAAGAAAGAGCGAAAAUUGCGAGUCGUGUUUGAUGGAGCUUCUCGCUGGAAACGGAAGAGUUUGAACGAUGGAAUGCGGCCUGGUCCGAAACUUCAAAAUGAUUUAGCUAAAGUUCUUAUUCGAUUUCAACAGGGAGAAAUCGCCUUUUCAGCAGAUAUCACAGCCAUGUACAGCCGAAUUCGACUGAAGCCAAGUGAUGCCCGAUUUCAUCGAUUCCUAUGGCAGGAACCUGGAUCAGAAAAGAUUUUUACGUAUCAGAUGGACCGUCUGCCCUUCGGACUAAAUUGUUCUCCGUUUAUUGCUCUCAAGACAGUGCAGCGAGCUGCUGCCGAUGCAAAGACGGGGAAGAAGGAUUGCAUUGAAGCGGUCGAGAAUAACAUGUACAUGGACGAUUUAUUAAAAGCUGCCGAUAGUGAAGAAUUAGCCAUUGACAACGCGAAGAAUAUUCGGGACGGAUUGGCAGGAGGAGAUUUUCAUCUUACCAAUUGGAUCUCAAAUUCACCAAAACUUGUCGCAGCUCUUCAACCAAUUGAAAGCUCUACCGUUGAUUCAACAUGCAGUUUAGCUUCUGAUGAAGCCGAAAAGUUGCUUGGAAUAUUUUACGAGCCUAGUACCGACGAUCUAACCUUCCGAGUAACCGGUGCGGAUGAGGUGGAGUGGACACGUGCUGGAUUACUCAGCAAAGUGGCCGCCGUUUAUGAUCCAUUAGGUCGUGCAGCUCCUCUGAUUGUCAAAGCGAAGAUUAAACUACGUGAAUUAGGCAUCAAGGGCCUGAAUUGGAAGGACGUCGUGACCGGAGAAGAUAAGGCAUGGUGGCAACGCUGGUUCAGCACGCUGAAACAAUUAAACAGCAUCCGGAUGCCAAGGAAUUUUCAGCCGAACAAAAGAAAUAUCAAGAGAAGUCAACUCUUAACGUUUUGUGAUGCAUCCGAAGAGGUCGUUGCAGCUGCAGUGUAUUUGAAUACCUCCUACGAAGACGGUUCCUCUAGUUGCCGAUUGGUGAUGGUGAAAACAAAAUUGGCUCCUCGUAAAACUAUUUCAAUUCCUAAAUUAGAACUUAAUGCCGCUCUGCUUGGCGCAAGACUUUCCAGGUACGUGGAAGAGGCGCUAAACCUUCCUGGUCUCACCCGACUGUUCUGGACGGAUUCAAGUACCACACGGAAUUGGCUACGAGCUGUUGUCGCUCACUAUACGCCAUUUGUCAGCCAUAGAAUUGGAGAAAUUCAAUCUGUCACCGAUCCGAGCGAAUGGAGAUUUGUGCCUGGAAAACAAAAUAUCGCAGAUGUCGCUACGCGGUCGCUUCUCGUCGAUGAAGAACCAAUUCCACCUGGCUGGCUAGAAGGUCCUGAUUUCCUGAAACAACCGGUUGACCUGUGGCCAAAAGAUUUACCCUGGAUGGCUGUUUCCGUCGAGCGACGUGCUUCAUAUUCUCAACAUUUGACGAAAACACGGUUCGAGCAUGAUUGGUCAAAAUUGAAAAUUGAUUCAUCUAAUCUUUCCAGCUGUCUCAAGAUGGAAUGCCCCUACCAAGAGUUGGUGCGUCGGUGUCAAGAAGAGGAAUCUAAUGAAGAGAUCCAGCAGCUCCACCGAAAUAGACCGCUCAGCCGAACAUCGAGACUUCAACAAUUAAGCCCGUUUUUAGAUAGCGACGGAAUUCUACGACUUGGAGGCCGCAUCCGUCGAGCCCGUUUACCCUAUGACAUCUUGCAUCCUCCAAUCCUGCCAGGAAAGCAUGUUCUUGCAGAGGCGAUCAUCAUAGCGAUCCAUAACGAGGAGCAUCACGUCGGCACGGAUUUUCUACAUUCAAAGGCUCGGCAACACUUCUGGAUUCUACAAGGAAAGGAGCUGGCAAAGAAAAUUCGCUUCAAAUGUUCAACUUGUAUUAAGACAAGAGCCAAGUUAGCAACUCAGAAGAUGGGAGAUCUUCCAGCUGCCCGUUUGGAUUCAUACUCCGCCCCAUUUACCCAUGUCACGCUUGAUUAUUUUGGGCCGGUAGAAACUUCGGCGUACAGGGGGAGGAUUACCAAGCGAUAUGGCUUACUUUUAUCCUGUUGUGUAACGCGCUAUGUUUAUCUAGACCUGGCCCAAUCAUUGUCGACGCCGGAUUUUCUUUAUUGUUUUCGUCGCUUCGUCGGGGAGUAUACAAAACCAUCCGAAGUCUUCAGUGAUAAUGGCACGAAUUUCGUCGGCGCAGAAAAGGAAAUGGUGGCAGCCGUUCGUGAGCUACAGAUGGACGACAAAUUUCAAGAAUUCGUUCAAACGAAGUCGAUUGUUUGGAAAUUCCAGCCGCCCAGUGCUCCACAUUUCGGCGGAUCUCAUGAAUCGUUGGUGAAAUCCGUGAAAAGAGCGCUCUACCGAGCAUUGGAUACGGAAAAGGCCAGCUUAAGAUAUCCGACGGAUGAGAUGCUGAGAACUCUGCUGAAGGAGGUAUCAGGCCAGCUAAACAGCCGUCCCUUGACGCUCGCGAGUAACGACCCGGAAGAUUUUCGACCAAUUACACCAAGAUAUUUCUUAAAUUUGCCGCCAACUUCCGAUUUACCUGCUGGAAUCGUCAAAAAUGCUCUCCCUCGGGACCAUGUGAGAUAUGUCAAAAAGAUGGCUAAUCUCGUUUGGGAUUUGUGGACAAAAUUUUAUCUUCCCACUUUAAUUCCUCGACGAAAAUGGACGAGGGAGGAAAGGAAUUUUGUCGUCGGAGACGCCGUGAUGGUGUCAGAGAGCAAUCUACCGCCCAGCCAAUGGAAAACGGGGCGCGUGAUCGAAGUCUUCCCUGGAUCCGACGGUCUCGUCCGAGUAGUCAAAGUGAAGACUGGUAGCGGUGAUUAUUUACGAGCAAUUCAUUGACUAGUAUUAUUGGAACAAAGCUCGGCCAGCGUUCCGCUGACCUCGGGGGAGAAUGUUCCAGCGAAAAUCGACGCUUAAUUAAUUCGGCUGCGGUUUAUCUGAUUUAUGUUUGUAAUUGUAACGGUAGAUGUCACGUCGAAUAAUCAGAGGGCGUAGCUAUCAGCUGAUCAGUUGUUUGCUUCUGUCUGAUUUCUUUUCGAGUCGUAAGAGGCCAUUUUGCCUAGUAAAGUUUCUGAUUCUGACAGCUCUUAAUCUGGUACGCUAUUGGUGUCGUUUAUUGUGUGUGUCCACUUGAUUCUGCUCUUCAUUCAGAGUGUGUUAAUUAAUGCGUGAUCUCUAUUGAGUCACCCCUGGUAUUUCUGGUCAUAGCCCAUUCCUAAUUGUGGACCCUGGGCACCAGUUGAAAGGUGUAAUAUAGUUGUAUUACUCGUUGGCCCUAGCAUUGUACUUCUUGGUUUCAGGCUCCCUACGCCAGCUAGUGGUAAGCAAACCAAAAGCUAUCCAUGGCGUAAGGGAAACGUGAAAAGUGUCGGUGUACUGUUAUGUACAUAAAUUUUCAUGUUUUGUUAAGUAUAGCUACUAUUCUUGACAACAUCUCUCCAUCUGAUAGGAAAAUCAUUUGCUACUUCAGCAAAGAAUUCUUCAUCAAUAACAGAUGACCAAAUAUUUGAAAACUCUUUCCACAUUUAGGAUAUUGAUGAGAUUAUAGCAGGGCAUUCAUUAAUUUCUUUUACAAAAUGUUUCCACACAUUUUUGUAGAUGAAAAUUCUCUGACGUCUUGAGAUCCAAGUGACUGGAGGCUUUUAUCGGAUGAUUUCCAAAAGUUGCGGUUAUUUUGCAAGUUCACACUGACCCUUUUGCAUCUGCUUAGAAUGAUCAACUUCCUCAGUUUGUUUCUUGCUUACCAGAACCAUGAGCCUCUGCUGUUAAUACCUUUGCUUUGAGCUAGAGCAACCUACAAGGCUAUGCUUUUUCUCCUUUAACCUUAAUUACUCAUUGUUUUCAAAAAAUUAAACGAAAUCAGACAGA